AUGUCUACAUUAAUGCCACAUCACAUCAAUACCUUCUAUGACGACUAUAUACGAGAAACAUUCAUCAUAAAUGUGGUGACAUGCAUAAUCAUUAGUAUCGGACUUCCUUUGACCCUCGUGGCCAUCUAUGCUCUUUAUUCUCUGGUGCGAAAGGAUCAUGUUGCUCCGAUCUACGUCAUCAACCUUCUCAUUUCCGACCUCAUUCAGUUCUGCUGCAUGAUCGGUUUUGUGGCAAAACCCGAGGACUAUCACAAAACUGACAUUGUGUAUAGUAUUUACUUCUCCAGUCUGGUGGCCAGUGUUUGCUUCAUGGUGUGCAUCUCCCUGGAAAGGUAUUUGGUCAUCGCCUGCCCACUGUGGUACCGCUUCAGACGAUCCAUCAAGAUCUCCGUGGUGGUCUGUGUCCUGGUCUGGACUCUUCCUCUUGUCUAUUGCUUCUCUUCUUUAUUUUUGGAUACUCCAAAUCUUUCAGUAAUUAUUUAUUGCAUAUUUUUCUUCCUUCCCCUCCCACUGCUCAUAUUCUUCCUGGUUGGGACCCUUAAAGCCCUGUCUGCUUCCAUCUCAGUUCACGCUGACGAAAAACGACGAAUUGUGGCAAUGUUGGUCCUGGUGCUGCUUAUUUACACGCUUCUGUUCCUGCACCCAAUGAUUUUCUGUCUGAAAGAGGGAGAGAGAUGUGUUACUAACAUGAACAGCCUGCCUUAUUUUUCUAUCAGGGUGAGUCCUCUUGCAGACUUAGUUCUGUAUGUUUUCAUGAGGAAAGGGGCCAUAGACAAGCUUUUGGCCUCUGUGUGUUGUUGCAGAAUGGACAGCAAUGAUGUCAGCAGUUCAACAGUAUGAAUGAUGACAACAUGUCCACAGUCAGCGUCAUGUAGGCAGAGAAAGAGGGAG